UAUUUUUCUGUUCCAAACGUAAUUGUGUGCAUCGAAACGAGUCGAUUUUUCGAGAAAGUGGGGCUCUCGGUUGAAUAUUUGUAAAAGAAAAUUACACAAAACCAAACAUGGAAACUAUAGCAGAGCCGAGCGGCAUUUUUCCCAAGCUAAACGUCGAAGAAGAGCCUGAACUGAGUGUCACGGAAGUUGAGUCCAUGUGCAUGAACUGCCAGGAGAAUGGCAUCACACGAUUGCUGCUGACGCAAAUCCCUUUCUACAAGGAGGUGGUUAUUAUGUCGUUUUCCUGUGACCACUGUGGAUUCGAAAACAAUGAAAUACAACCGGGCGGUGAGAUCGCACCGAAGGGUGUUGAAAUUCGUACCGAGAUUGUGACUGCACGUGAUCUAAACCGUCGCGUGGUAAAGUCCGAUUUUUCCAGCAUACGGAUAGAGGAGCUCGAUUUCGAGAUUCCGGCCCAAUCACAGAAGGGUGAAGUGACCACAGUGGAAGGCAUCAUUGAUCGUGUGAUACGCGGCUUGGAUCAGGAUCAGCCGGUACGCCAGAUACAGCACCCUGAAGCGGCGGAACAGAUCGAUGCGUUCAUUGCGAGCUUGCAAGCAUUGAAGGACCUGGAACGACCCUUCACGCUGACGAUAAAAGACAUUUCGGGCAACAGCUUUGUGGAGAAUCCAAACGCGCCACAUAAAGAUCCAGCUACCACGAUAUCGUACUUUCAGCGUACGAAAGAUCAAAACCAUCUGUUGGGAAUUUUCACUCACGAAGAGGUCGGUUCGGACGAACCGAAGAGUGUGGUGGAGGAAUCGGUGCAGCUUGAAACCGUACCGGAGGAAGUGGACAGUUUGCUUAAACCAAUCCGAGCAGGAGCAUGGACGCUGGAGGAGUUACAGGGCGAGGUACUAAAGUUUCAGACCAAUUGUCCCGAGUGUGCCGCUGCCUGUGACACCAACAUGAAGAUUACCACGAUACCCCAUUUUAAGGAGGUAGUGAUUAUGGCCACCGUUUGUGACAAUUGUGGUUUACGUACGAACGAAGUGAAGCCGGGCGGUGGUAUCGAAGAACAGGGUGUGAAAAUCGAGGUCACGGUACGGGGUAGGAUCGAUUUUUCCAGGGACGUACUGAAAUCGGAAUGCUGCAGUUUACACAUCCGUGAGCUGGAUUGUGAGGUAGGAGCCGGUGCUCUCGGAGGACGUUUUACCACGAUCGAAGGUUUGCUGACGGCGAUGCGCGAACAGUUGGUGGAAAGUACGGGGAUGUUUAUGGAUUCGAACGAUGCGGAAACAAAGGAACGAAUGGACAAAUUCUUCGGCCAGCUGGAUGUUGCAAUAGCUGGUCAAAAGCAGCUGACCAUCGUGAUGGAUGAUCCGACGGGCAAUAGUUACGUACAGUCACUGAACGACGACGGUACACCCGAUACGGCCCUGCGGAUAAUACGCUAUCAUCGAUCGUACGAGCAGAACGAGGAAUUAGGUUUGAACGAUAUGAAGACGGAAAAUUAUGGAGAAGAGAAGAUCAACGAGAAGGCAGAAGUAGAUGAAAGUUAA